AUGGGCGGCACGAGCCACUUUGUCGUGGAGAAGCGGGACCAUCCCGGGUCCUCGGAGCAGGCCAUCGAGAACGAGCCCGACUGGGGUGCGGGGCACAACCACCGCGUCGGGUUCAAGAACGUCGAUGGCCGCGUCCCGGGUUACAGCGGCGAGCCGGGCGGGCCCAAGUACUGGGAGAAGGCGAUGAAGAAGUACGAGGCCCUGCUCGACAGGAAGCGAAAGGGCGAGCUGAUCAACUUCCGCGAUGUCAUUGACGGCGAGGACGACCUUCGUCUCAUCCACCCCCAGGACCGGGCAGUCGGUGUGCGCUUUGCCCUCGACUGCACCGAGGACUGGGUCAAGUAUGGGCAAAAGUGGCCAAUCAACGAGGCGAAGAAGAAAAAGGUAGAGGAGAAGAAGAAGAAAAGUGAAGAGGGGCAGGACUCACAACAGAAUGGCGCCAGCCAGCCUGCAAAACCUGCGCAUGACGACAAGACGAGCCACGGCGAUCUCAAGGAUGAGCGGAAAAACGACGUUGGCGAGGGCGAGACGCUUGAGGAUAAGACCAACGACGGCAACCAAGAGUCGCCGCAGAAGCACCACCGCUGCGACGUUUUCAUUGACGAGGCCGAUCAGUUUACGCCCGACAACUGGUUCCCCCCCAGUGCUGAGCUCAUCCGACUGGACGGGGAAGCCCCCCCUUCAACGCCGGGGGGCCCCUCCCCAAGCCUGCUGGGCGCCGGUUUCAUCACGCCCCAAGAGCCUGCCUAUGUGCGAAACCCCGGCCCCCUGCCGCGCAUCAACAUUCCCGUCUUCAUGGCCUGCGACGGCACCGCCGCAAGGAAGUUGAACAUGAUGCGCAGAACACAGGGCUUCAACUGGGGCGCCGGCGGCGGCGGAUGCGCCUACUGGAAGGGCGCCCUCCUGCGCGACGUGCUGCUCGCGGCCGGCGUGCCAGACGAUCUCGGCAACGACGGCCCGCGGCGCUGGGUCAAUUUUGAGGGCUCGGAGGACCUCAGCGCCGGCAAGUACGCGACCUGCAUCCCGUUGGCGUACGCUAUGGAUCCGCGCAACGACGUCAUGCUGGCCUACGAGAUGAACGACCUCCCGCUGCCGCCGGAUCACGGCUACCCUGUGCGGGUCAUCAUUCCGGGCCACGUCGGCGGGCGGUGCGUCAAGUGGCUCAAGCGGGUCUGGAUCUCCGAGAAGGAGAACGACUCGUACUACCACAUCUGGGACAACCGCGUGCUGCCGUCCUUUGUCACGGACAACGAGAGCCCCUUUGCCGAGACCAUGUUCCGCCAUCCCGGCACGGCCUGCAUGGAGCAAAACCUCAACUCGGUCAUCGUGCACCCUCAGCAGGGCGAGAAGAUUCUGCUCAAGGACGCCGGCAAAGGAAAAGGGACCGAGUAUCGAAUCCAGGGGUUCGCCUACGACGGCGGCGGCCACGAGGUGCAGCGCGUCGAAGUCUCGCUCGACGACGGCGCAACCUGGCUCUACUGCAUCCGCAAGUUCCCUGACCUGCCGAUCCGCCACGGCAAGAAGUUCUGGACAUGGUGCCACUGGCACGUCGACGUGCCGCUGCAUCGCAUGGUGCAGGCGCGGAGCAUCAUCGUCAAGUGCUGGAACGUCUUUAAGAACUCGCAGCCACGGGACCCGGCUUGGAACCUCAAGGGCAUGAUGAACAAUUGCUGGUACACCGUCAAGUCGGAGAUUGCGCAGGACGACGAGACGGACGGCGCGUACGUGCUCUUCCGACACCCGACCGAGCCGGCCAACGGUGAUGGAGGAUGGAUGCAGCCGAGUGUCGUCAACCAGAUCGAGCUGGCGAAGCGCGAGGCCGGGACGCCGCAGAAGCAGUUCACACGCGAGGAGAUUGAGAAGCACGAUUCCGAGGACGACUGCUGGAUCGUCGUCGACGGCAAGGUGUACGACGCAACGUCGGUCAUGUCCUGGCACCCGGGUGGCAAGGCGCCGAUCAUGGUGCAUGCUGGCCGGGUACAUGCAGAGACGACGGAGGAAUUUGGCAGCAUCCAUGACGGCUUUGCCUAUGAGAAGCUGAAAGGUACCGUCACCGACAAGGCGGCCAACUUCAUCAAGGAGAACGCCAAAAAGCAGGCUGCCGAGAAGGCCAAGUCCAAAGACGACAACAAGGCGACGCUGCAGAAACACCGCUGGGUGCCGACCAAGCUCAUCGCCCGCAAGGCCAUCUCCGAGGACACGCGCGCCUACACGUUCCAGCUGCCCGACCACAAGGCGAUUCUCGGCCUCGGUACAUGCCAGCACAUCCUCAUCGGCUUCCACCUCAAGGACAAGAUGCUCGUUCGGUCGUACACGCCGACACGGCCGAUCCUGCCUGCGCUAAAUAACAUGCCAGACCGGCUCCCCAGCCCGGCACAGAAUGGCGUCCCCAACGGUAAGGGGGCCGAAGAGCGCAGCAAGGCCAUCAACGAGCAGCAUCACGAUCUUCGCGACGGCGACGGCACGUUUGAGUUGGUGGUCAAGACGUACUUCCCGACGGACCAGCAGCCCGGUGGCGCCAUGUCGAACAUCCUCGACUGCAUGCCACUUGGCGAGGAGGUUGAGAUUCGCGGACCGACGGGCGAGAUUGUCUACCUUGGCAAUGGCACGUUCCUCAUCGACGGCGAGGAGCGCAAGUAUCGACGUGUGUCUCUUGUUCUCGGCGGAUCGGGUGUGACACCUGGGUUCUCCCUCCUCUCGCGCGUCAUUAUGUCUGGCGAUGACGAGACGGAGAUCCGGGUCGUGGACGCCAACAACACCGAGGCUGACAUUCUGCUGAGGGAGGAGAUGGAGGAACUCGUCAAGAAGAGCAAGGGACAGUUGAAGGUCGUGCACGUGCUCAGCCGACCUAGCGACGCAUGGAAGGGGUUGACGGGAUACGUGACGGGGGAGAUUCUCAAGGACAACUUGUUUGCGCCGGGUGAGGGGGCGGCGACGUUUGUGUGCGGGCCGCCAGUGAUGAUGCAGAAGGCAGUGCUGCCGGCGAUGAAGGAAUGGGGGUAUGAAGAGGACAAGGAUUUGUUUGGCUUCUAG